AUCACUACAGGAUAUGGAAAGCAAGGCUGAAGUCGCUUGUUGACUUGCAAAAAAAUAGUGGAAUGGGUUGGAAUGACCAUGAGAAGCGGUUUGAUGCACCACAACAUAUGUGGAAUGAAUUCAAGAAAAAAGAGCAAAGAUUUUGGAAAGAGCAUAAAGUGCUUCCUAUUCACCUACAACUUGUUGAAUGGCUGCGUAAUGAAAUUGCCACCAGAGCUGGAUCUUCACACCCAUCCGAUGCAGUCAAUGAGGACCAUCCUUACAAUCCCGUGCCAAUUGAUGAAGAAAUUAGCUUGGACAAUUAUGAUGCUAUUGAUGAUAAUGUUGGUGAAAGUGCCCAUUAUACUCCCAAUGCAAGUAGCAGUCGUUCCCGUGGUAGGCCUAGUUCAGGGGUAACAAGUAAAGAGAAGAAGAAGAAAGGAGGUGCAGAGAAUGUUAGUAGUCCUUUGAAUGUGAUAGCCAAUGCAAUUGUGGAGAUGGCCAAGCAAGACCCCCGGAAGGAAGUUGCAAAAAACUUAUGUAUUGAGAUUGAUGCACUUCCAGGAGUUGAAUUUGAUGAAAAAAUUGUGUGCUAA